CAAACCCGGAAGAGGCAUCCAUCAAUCGACGGAAUCAUGAUUGCAAAGACGUUACAUUUGUGUAACGGAUCCACGUGAACCACUGGACUGCAACUCAAAGCAGUUUGUUUGUGCGAGUCAGACCCUGGCAGAGAAGCAGGUCAGGAUAGAUAAUCCACUCAGAAGACUGUUUCAUGUGCGCGAAGUAGACUGCCAUUUCCAGCAUCCCUUGUGGGCAGAACGCUGUUUGAAAGUUUGUAGCAGUACAUGUGAGCGGUCACAUCCUCGGUUAUGAGCGCUGCGCUAGUUUUUACACAAGGAGAAACAAUGAACCAGUGACAAGUGAAAUAAAAUGUCUUUCGCUAAGUUGUUCACAAGACUAGCUGCUGCCGCAGAGGAAGUCAAUAGUCCUGGUCACCGAGCCUUCACACGCAGAAAAGAGACUGACGAUGGUAAUGGAGGCAAUGACAGAAAGAGGGGGGCCCAGGGAGAGCCGACUGGCCCUUACACAAAGAAGCGAUGUUACCGAGCCCAGACAACCAGAACUUAUAAUGCUACAGAGGAUGAGUCUGAGGCCAAACACUACCGUAUGCAUACCACUGACAGUGAACAUCCAAGUGUUGACUUCACCAGAGAACUGAGACAUCACAGAAAUCAAGCUGACCACAUUAACAUGAGUCACAAAGGUCAGAAGUACAAAACUAGAAGUAACUGUAAUGUGAACAAGCAACAAGAACAGAAAAAGAAGAGUCAGCAUCAGCAAAGUGCUAGAGGUAGACAUGCCUAUCAAGGUGCAGGCCAUCAGACUGGACCUACUUCGAGAAAACAUGGAGAUGACAGGAGACGUGAAAAUUAUAAACAGGGGUUCACGUUCAUGACACAGGAGUUCAAGGACCAGAAUGCUCUGGUUGUGGAUGGACGGUCACUUUGUCGACAUUUCCUUUAUGGAAGGUGCAUCAAGGGUGAUGACUGCCAAAUGGAGCAUGUUCAGAGUUACAACAAUCUCAUCAAAGAACUGUGCAAAUUCUACGUCCAGGGAUUCUGCUCAAAGGGAGACAGCUGCCCAUACAUGCACAGCUCCUUUCCUUGCAAGUUCUUCCAUAGGAAGGGGAAAUGUUCUCAAGGAGAACAUUGCAGGUUUUCUCAUGAGCUGCUGAAUGAAAUCACUAGCAAACUCUUGGAUGAGGCAGUAAAACGGGAAAGUGACCUCACUGAAUUGGCAAAAAAAGCUGAACAGGAGUCCACAGGACAGCCAGAUGACACAGACGAGUCCAAAAUUAUGGAAGCAACUACAACCCCUGAUGUGUUAAAGCAACCACUCAGGCCAAACUUUUACAGAAGUGGAGACACAAAUGCUGAGCAGGAAGCCCUGUUAGGUCAACCUGAGGAAGUAAUAAAUAACACGGUGGAAGCUGUCCCACCACAUGCAUCAAAUGCUGACCAACCCCAAAGCCCUCCAUCAGCUAACCUCACUAAGGAAGAGCCAGUGUGUUACUCAGUUGAAGCAGUGCUUGGACCUCAACUAUCCAAACCAUUCUCUAGAUUCUUAACAACUCCAAGGAGUCAAGGAUCCGCCCCUCUCACUACUUCUGAUUGCAGGACAGGCUCUGCAAACCAAAGCGAAGUUCCGUACUCUGUCGAUGCUGUUCUCAGGUCUUGUAAAUCAGUGGAACAUUCUUCUUUCGGUGACAAACCUAUCCGUCCUACUGCACAAACUGCAUCCUUGACCCCCAGAAGUCACUUUGAAGAGAUCACUGAUGCUCAGCUAAGCUCAGAAACUCCAGAUAAGGAGGUAUUGAAUUCUGUUCAUACCAGAAAAGAAACCAACAAACCCAAGGAAAGAUUGUUCAAAAGCCUGCCAUCUCUCCAAGUGCACACCGGUCUGGUGUCAGAGACUUUCCCUAAUUGUACUGUAGCCUACGGGGACAACAGGAAACAAGCUGCUCGAACAGCCUCUCAUGGAGUCAAGUCUGAGUUGUUGUCUACAGAUAGAACAUACUCUGUAACCUGCAAAGGUGAAGGUGUUCUUCCUUCAGGGCCCUCUAGUCAGAUGUCCUCUUCCAAACAUCCUGCACAGUUGAGGCCACACCUCUCUGGUCUGCUAUCAGAUUCACAAGGAUCUUUUAAGCCUUUUUGUCCCUCAUCAGGCCCCAUUAAGUUGAAUGAUUCUGCAGUCCCAGUCAGUCAUUAUUUAACACCAAAACAACCUACCAAGAUCUAUAUGUACUCCAAAGAGACACAAUCUGGUCGCAACCUUGGCUCAAAACAGCAUUAUUCAACUGAGACCAAAGCAGAGUGCGGCAGGGAAAUGGUGCAUUGUGCUGAUUCGUCAGUUGAAUGUAAAAAGACCAGGAAAAGUCCCUAUCGUAGCCUUUUUGCAAGCCCCAUCACUGACACUUCACAACCUAUAGACAAUUGUGUCACAAGUUCAUCCUGUUGUCAUGACUUAGUUCAACCUUCUUGUACUGCCCCACAGACUUCAGAUAGCAGAGGUACUCAUCUUAAAACUACACUUGAACCUGACAAAGCCUCUGCCAGACCGUUUCAAAGCCUUUUUUCUGCUCCUCUCAGUGCAACUCCUCUCGCACGUGUGCAGCCCCAACCAAAUUAUUCAAAGACUAAUUCCUGUUCUAAACAGUCAGUCCACUCACUUGUUACUACAUCUCUUUCACCAGACUCCAAACAAAAAGCUAGUAAUAUAGAGGAACCUCUCCAAUACCCAGUCUCUCAUACACCAAAAUCCCCUGAUUUCUCCUCUGAUGCUGAAAUGGGAAAAGAUGGUUCAAGUGGGCAUAUAAAUCAACCUGUGAAACAGUUGGUGAAUCCUGUCUGCGGCCUAGUAUCUAGCAGUCCAGCUUGUAGUGGUGACAGUCCAUCUACAACCACAGCUCAUCGACACAAAGGAUCUGCAAAAACAACAGCUACAAAUUCAGUUUUGAAGACUCUGUUUCUGUCCCUGAGCCCGUACCAUCAGGACGGAGAACAUCAAGACAGAGUAACAUUGGGAAUUGAAGAGAAGGACAAAAGCAGCACAAGGGGUGUCUUUGUGAAGCAACAGCAGAAUAAUAAGUUCAAGAAUCAAGAUUCCCACAAACAGUCCACUGAGAAAUCAGGUGCACACUCAAGACAGCACCAGCCUUUUCUUUGGACUCCUCAAAUCUCUUUGGAGGCAACAGGAUGGUCAACCCUCAGCUGUCCGGGAACAAUGGAAUUUCAGGUUAGAGACUCCAGCAUUCAAAAUUCACCGGUGGUGCCGCUGAUAGAGCAUGACACCCAGCCAAGACUGAAGAAUACAUCAGAGGAAGCAACGUGUGUGAAUGGGAAUGCCACAGCAACACCACUCAAGGAUCUUUUUAAGACUUUAGACACCUCUGUCAUCCACUCUGGAAUUUAAUUUGGGAAUUACUUUUUAUGUGUAAUCAGACAAAUGAUCUGAAUUGAUUUUUAUUUUUUAUUUUUUGUGCAGUUUUUAUUACUUCAAUUUUGGGCACUGUCAUAGAUGUCGGAAUUAGUCACCUUAAAUGUAUACUCCCUACAAAUAGGGGCGGCAUAACACCAGAGUAGCUGCUAAUGACUGCUAACUGUAUGCUAUUUAUACAUCCAUGACUGUAGGUACUGUUAGCUGUGCAGCUAGCAGGACUACUAGGAGUGCGUUGGUGUUACAUCACUAGCACAGUAGCUGGUUAGCAUGCAAUCUUUGUUAAUUUUUGAAUGUUUGGAACUAAAGUUCUUACAUACUGCACCUUUAACAUAUUUUAGGUAUAUAUACAUCAAGUCAUUGUUCUUUUGUUGUCAAAAAAAUAUAUAAUAACCUCCCAAAACACUGAUCUAUAUAACCUGUAACGGAAGAGUAAAAUGUUCUUUAGUGAUGCUGCAUAAAUAAACUUGAUGCAAAUAAAUCCCUCUGAAUUGUCAAAAUCUUGGAUCUGAACCACAUGAUGGUGAUUCUUAUUUGAUUUCAAUGUGCAUCAAAAAUAUUUUGUCAGUUCAAAUGGAUCUAGGAAGAAAAAGAAGAUUUAGGACCCCAGGAUAAAACCUCACCUGUCCAACCUCAACUGACAAUUGGUUGAUGUGGAACUGACAACAGUUGCUGAAGCUGUCCUGGGCUCUGGGGCUACAAAGGCUGGACCCAUUUGUUGUACUCUGUUUCUCCCUUCCUUCACCUUAGAUCCACCCUGCAUUACUUUCUUUGUUUUGUUUUGCGCCCUCAUCAUCUCCAUAGCACAUUAAACACAUCUCCAUGCACUGCUUUCACAGCUGUCAUUGUUGAUUUACAUACUGCAGUGUACAUUUUUGUUGUCUUAAGUUGUAAUAAAUCAUUUGUUUUAAAUGCA